AUGUACACCCCUUUUGCCCGGCUCUUAGAGGCCCUACUGACGCCCCCAGGCCACCCCUCGGCGAAUCCGCUAUUACUGGCAAUCGAGGCCGCAAGCGAGCCCAACAGCUACCUACUACUGCUCAUAAACGCGUUGGAAGGCCCUCAAAAAGAGCCCGAACGGAUACGUCCUCCCCUACAUACUCCUCCCAAGCCAGCGGUAGGCAAAUGCGGAGAACACUGCGGAGAAACCAAGCGGCAACAAGGCCACCAUCGUCAAGAACACGGCUCAGCUCUCCAAGAUCCCACGUCAUAUCAGUUAUCCACUCAGUCAGCCACUCAGCUAGCCACUCAGUCUGAUACUCUACAAGAGGAGGAGCAAGAGGAGGAACUACAACAGGCAAAUGCGGAGAACACUGCGGAGAAACCAAGCGGCAACAAGGCCCCCAGCACCAAGAACACGGCUCAGCUCUCCAAGAUCCCACGUCAUAUGCUCUCCACGGUUCCAUAUCAAAUCAUCACUCAACAAGCGGAGAACACCACUGCAACUUAG